ACGGGCAGAUCUCUCGCCUGGGUAGGGGCCUGCAGCAUAAGUCUGUGAAGCUUUUGCUGAGCUAGGCACCCUGAGGAAGCCCUCUUAGCUCCGAGUGUUCCUACACACUCCUUCAACAAGAUGAACUCAACUGACCUGAAUCAGAGCUCCGGGACCUUCUGCCUGUUGGACGUCAGUUACUCUCAGAUCUUUAACACCUGCCUGUUGGAAGUCGCUGUUAUCCUCUUCCUCACCGUUCUGAUCAUCUCCGGGAACUUGGUGGUCAUCUUAGUGUUUCACUGUGCGCCGCUGUUUAGCCACCACACCACCAGCGCGUUCAUUCAGACCAUGGCCUAUGCUGACCUGCUGGUGGGAGUCAGCUGCCUCAUUCCAUCUCUGUCCUUGCUGCACCACCUGAAGGGACUGGAUGAGGAACUUACCUGUAAGGUGUUCGGUUACAUGGUGUGCGUGCUGAAGAGCGUCUCGAUGGCUUCGCUGGCGUGCGUCAGCGUGGACCGCUAUGUGGCCAUCACGCGGCCGCUCUCCUACGCAGCCGUGGUCACACCGUGCCGUCUUCGCGCUUGCAUCGUACUCAUCUGGCUCUACUCUGGUCUCAUCUUCCUGCCCUGCUUCUUCGGCUGGGGCAAACCGGGGUACCAUGGGGACGUAGUCGAGUGGUGCUCGUCGUCUUGGGCCACCCAGCCGCUCUUCACUGCCUUCAUAGUGACUGCGCUGUACGCACCCGCGGCCAUGACCGUAUGCUUCACGUACGCCCACAUUUUUCGCAUUUGUAGACAACACACCCGGCAGAUCAGCGAGCGCCGGGCAAGGUUCGGCCCACAGGAAAAUGAGCCGGGAGAACCGGCGUGCUCUGACAAGCGCUACGCGACCGUGCUCUUCCGCAUCACCAGCGUCUUCUACCUUCUGUGGCUACCCUAUAUUAUCUACUUUCUUGUGGAGAGUGCCGGAUUAUAUCGUCACCCUGCCGCUUCCUUUUUGACCACAUGGCUGGCAAUCAGCAACAGCUUCUGCAACUGCCUCAUCUACAGCUUGUCCAACAGCACUUUCCGUAAAGGCCUGAAGCGCCUUUGUCUGAUCUGCCUGCAGCGCUCUGACACCAAGAAGACGCCGGGAGUUCCGCCUGCUUCAACUCGGGCGGCGUGUCACGUGUAGCACCUUUAGCGGCCCAGGGAAAGUGGAUUGCG